GCGUCCUUCCCGCUGCCUCGCUGCUGAUGUGAUGACCUGAUUAUGAUGGAGAUGGCGGCAGUGAUGAAGACGCUCUGUGUCCUACCGUUUAUCUCAGAGCAGAAGAAGAAAAGAUCCAUUGUUUGUUUCUCCAACACAAACAAACAAACAAACAAAGAGCUGCUGUGUGACAAAGAACAAAGACGAGUCUGAGACACGACCGACCAAGUGUAACCCGUCAUGGAUCUAGAUGUCAUCGAGGGGCUGAAUGAGAUUCGUCCAUCAAUUUAUCGAGUCGCCAUGAAGCUCAUGUCUCUGCAGAGACUCUGUCACAUGCACGUCGUGUACGUGCGACACGUCAUGGCAGCGUUCAGCUCGCUGGAUGGGAAGGGACAACAGGAAGUGAGGCUGAGCAGACAGGAAGUGACCUGGGCUCUCAACAGGAUGUUUGACAAUGCAUCACAGGAAGUGUCACAGGAAGUGUCAGGUCAUGUUACAGAGGAGAUGUGUAACGUGAUGCUGCGUCUGUUUGACGUGUCUGAGGCUCAGGCUGCAUCGGUGUCCGCAGCUUCUCUUCAGGCGGCACUCUUUGCUUUGUCCGCUGACACUCUGCUCGCCAAGUACAGAGCUCUGGUGAGACUCUGUGAAAACCCAUCAGGAUCCGUCAGCAGAUCUGGACUCAGGUCGUUACUCCACGACCUCCGUCAGGUUCCAGCCGCUGUGCAGGAGGAGGUGGUUUUUGGCGGUGUGGAGGCAGCAGUGAGGUCGUGUUUUAAUGCGGUGUUGACUCCGACAGCGAGCACAGAACAUGUGAUGUCAUGGCUGCAGAACGAGCCCCACCUGUUGCUAUGGUUACCCACCCUGUACCGGCUGUGUGUCAGUCAGGACGUCAGUCACAUGGUCCGCUGCCACACCUGCAAGACGUUCCCCAUCACCGGACUCAGGUAUCGAUGUUUGAAGUGUGUGAACGUCCACGUGUGUCAGAGCUGCUUCCUGAGCCAGAGACAGACACGCAAACACAAACCACCACAUCCUGUCCUCGAGUUCUGCACACAGCCGACCUGGCGGGAAUCUCUGUCCUCGUUAGUGCACAAAGCUCGUCACACUCUGUUGCCACGUCGAUACACUCAGAGAGAAGCUGAUAGGGGGGUCCUGAUGUGGGCGGAGCCAGGAGAGACUAAGAACAGAGCUGCACCCCCUUCCGACGCUUCAUCAUCAUUGGAUGGGUCAGCUGUCCAUCACAGUUCCUGUUCGUCUAAAGCUCUGCAGACUGACGAGACUCUGACGACUGACGUCACAAACCUGCAGCGAGACAAGUGGCUGCUGGAGCAGGAGAUGCAGGCGUGGAGACUCACCGUCCAAUCAGAACACAGCCUCCUGGAGGACAGGUGCUCAGAGAUGGAGGUUACCAUGGAAACACUGAGGCAACAGAAUGUCAGUCUGCAGGUUCUGCUCGCUCAGGCUUCGAACAAGAUGGAGGCUGAACAACACGCUAGUGCUAAUACAGACAACAAGGGGAGAGGGGACAUCACCACUGACACAGAGAUAAACUCAGAGGAGGAACAAGUGAUGAAUGAGUGGAGUGAAGACGAAAGUCAAACUCCAUCUCCCACAAUCCACCGGGGGGUGUCUCCAGCACAUGAAGACCACUGUGAGGAGGGGUCUUUAAGUGACAGGCAUCUCUGUCGUCCAGUAGAACAAGAGGAAGGAGACACCUGUCUGUCUGAAGAAGGGGAGGAUUAUGGGACAUGUCGUCCUGAAGAGCAGCUCCACCAAACUGUAGACAGUCUGAAGACUAAGAUGGAGACAGACAGGUGGAGAGACAGACAGACAGGAGAGAGGAACGGGGCGGAGCUUGUGGAGGCUGCAGAGCAGGUGGGAGGCUCAGUUCACCACCUGGUGGUCGCAGUGAGAACUAACAGAGUCCAACAGGUCCAGCGGACGCCUCUUCUUCCUGCAACGUUUGGGGGCAGAGCCAAAUGACGUUGUGCAGGUGGGGGCAGGGCCUGAGGGGGAACACAGCAGGUAGACCAGAGAAGUGCAAGGCUGCACAGGUGUGACGAUGUUGGAGUAUGACGCAGGGAGACAGCGCCACAUCUGCACCUCAGGCGUCCUUUCUGCUGCAUCCUGAUUAGCUGCAGGGAAACUGGAGGGUGGGGUCUCAGCUGGUUGACGGACACCCGGGACCACCAAUCUGACCGUUUGCGUGCCAUGACUGACUUUAACCACCUGAAGAGACAAGAACAGGUGAGAUGUUUGUCUUUCAGCUGAAACAGCGUGUCAGGUGU